CUGCAUCAUCUACGUAAACGUCAAUGUCAGUGUUGUUCCCUGUGUGCCCUGGAAGCAAGAAAUGAUAAAGGCCCAAGCUAAGUAUCAUUGACUCAGUUAUUCCAGUUCAUUAAACUAUGUCUCAUGAUGACUUAAGACCCUUAGUGUCCGGAGACUAUGAUCUAUACGGAGACGAGGAGCAAAAAUUUGGGAUCCUCGGGGAUUCAGCCUCCGUUCUAGUGACCGCCAAAGCUUCCGAUGGUGCUUCCAGGGCAUUGGAUAAGGUUUCAGUUAGGAGACAGAUCUGGGCUACAUUGGGCUUCUGUUUGGGUGGAUUUGCUAUGGGAAACACGUUGGGUUGGUCUUCAACCGCUCUUCCGGAGUUGGAAUCCUCGACCAGUCCCAUUCUGGUCAGUCAGAGUGAUGGAGCUUUCAUUGGGGCGUUGGUUUGUCUGGGAGCGUUGUUCCAAGGACCCACGACCGGUUAUCUGAUGGUUCGUUUUGGACGCAGGGCCACAAUGAUCCUGAAUUGUGUGCCACUUAUAGGUGGAUGGAUGUUGAUUAUUAGUGCCAAAUCGGUGUGGAUGCUGUUCUUGGGCAGAUUUGUCACAGGGUUUGCCAUAGGAUCGUUCUCGGUGAUUGCCCCUGUGUAUAUUGGUGAGAUCGCCAGUCCCGGGAUUAGAGGCGCCCUGGGCACGUGCUUUCAAAUGAUGGUUGUUUUUGGGAUCUUUGUGAUGUUCGUCGUAGGUGCUUACGUGUCUUGGAAGUCUUUAGCCAUCUUCAGUGUGGGUACAACCCUGGUGCUCAUUUUAGUGGUGUACAGCCUUCAAGAUUCACCCACUUCGUACAUGAUGCGGAGUCGCCCGGAUUUGGCCCGCAAGGCCCUCGUUUGGCUUCGAAAUUCUGCAGAUAUCGAAGAAGAGAUAUAUGCUAUUCAAAAGUCCGUUCAUGACAUGAGACAAAAUGGAAAUGGACGGAUCCGAAUGUUUAAUAUCUUCUUCAUCAAGGACCCCACGGUCAGAAAGCCUUUGUUCUUGUGCAUGUUCCUCGCGAUGAGUCAACAAUUGUCCGGCAUCAAUGCUGUGAUGACUUUCACUGUCAGUAUCUUCCAAAGUUCGGGCGCUUCCGUCGAUCCGAACACGGCCACCAUCAUCAUUGGCGGCAUUCAAUUGGUCUCGACAUUACUCAGCUCAUUUACUGUCAAUCGGGUCGGCCGUAAAACUACUUUGAUUGUUACUUUGGCCAUCAUGGCCUUGUCAUUGAUCAGCUUUGGUACGUUCUUCUACCUUAACCAGAAUCGUAUCUCAACAUCCGUGAAUCUUGGUUGGCUUCCUUUGCUCUCUUUGGGGUUGUUCAUCAUAUCGUUCAGUUUCGGCCCGGGGCCAUUGGUAUGGCUCAUGCUGGGCGAGCUAUUAUCACCCAAGAUCGUGGGCGUGGCUGGUGGUGUGGCCUCCAUCACUACUUGGGGUUUAGCCUUUUCAGUUACCCUUGGGUUUCCGUUUAUGGUGAAAUACCUGGGGGACUUUGGAACCUACUGGCUAUUCUCUGUAUUUUGCAUCGUCAGUGUCCUUGUCGUGAUCCGAUAUUUGCCUGAAACCCGCAACAAAACCCUCCGAGAGAUCCAAGACUCCUUCACGAAAUAAAAAAGGACCGCUUUUCAGACAUGGUCAUGUUGUGCGAAUAUUUUAUAUAUUAUCUGUGAUAUGCUAGAGUGAUUUGUUACGUUUAAUAAAAAUUUCUUCAAAAGCCUGCAA